AAAAACGAGAACUUCUUUUAAUCAUUCAAUCAAUACCAUCCUCUCUCUUCUGCGACGUGACGUUCUUCGAACUCCUCCGGUAACCCGUUCGUACAGAGAUCCGAGGAGUUUGGAAAAUUUUCAAUCUCUGAUUUUCCUGUUCACUCUGUUCCUCCUAAAUCUUCCGCCUCCUCGAUUUAUCGCCCUCGCAUUCAGAUAUGGCUGGUAUGGCAGCUGAAGGAACCCAAUUUGAUGCACGUCAAUUUGAUUCCAAGAUGAAUGAUUUGCUUGGGGGAGAUGGGCAAGACUUUUUCACCUCAUAUGAUGAAGUCUAUGAGAGUUUUGAUUCCAUGGGUUUGCAGGAGAAUCUCUUAAGAGGAAUAUAUGCUUAUGGUUUUGAGAAGCCUUCUGCAAUUCAGCAAAGAGGUAUUGUUCCAUUCUGUAAGGGACUUGAUGUUAUCCAACAGGCACAAUCUGGAACUGGAAAAACAGCCACUUUCUGCUCUGGAAUUUUGCAGCAGCUAGAUUAUGGCCUAGUUGAUUGCCAGGCAUUAGUUCUCGCACCCACCCGAGAACUGGCACAACAGAUCGAAAAGGUUAUGCGUGCAUUAGGUGAUUAUCUUGGUGUCAAGGUCCAUGCUUGUGUUGGUGGAACCAGUGUUCGCGAAGAUCAACGCAUUCUCUCAAGUGGUGUCCAUGUCGUUGUUGGCACCCCUGGUCGUGUGUUCGAUAUGCUGCGUAGGCAGUCACUUCGCCCCGAUCACAUUAAGAUGUUUGUGCUGGAUGAAGCUGAUGAAAUGCUUUCACGAGGGUUCAAGGAUCAGAUUUACGAUAUUUUCCAGCUUCUUCCUCCAAAGAUUCAGGUUGGGGUUUUCUCUGCUACAAUGCCCCCUGAAGCUCUCGAGAUAACAAGGAAAUUUAUGAAUAAACCCGUGAGAAUUUUGGUGAAACGUGAUGAGCUCACCCUUGAGGGUAUCAAGCAAUUCUAUGUCAACGUCGAUAAAGAAGAGUGGAAACUCGAGACUCUUUGCGACCUUUAUGAAACUCUUGCAAUUACCCAGAGUGUCAUUUUUGUGAAUACCAGGCGCAAAGUUGAUUGGCUGACCGAUAAGAUGCGCAGCCGUGACCACACUGUUUCUGCCACACAUGGAGACAUGGACCAAAACACUAGAGAUAUCAUCAUGCGGGAGUUUCGAUCUGGUUCAUCCCGUGUUCUCAUUACUACUGAUCUCUUGGCUAGGGGAAUCGAUGUCCAACAAGUUUCCCUCGUCAUAAAUUUUGAUCUUCCUACUCAGCCAGAGAAUUACCUCCAUCGAAUCGGUCGAAGUGGACGAUUCGGAAGGAAGGGUGUUGCCAUCAAUUUUGUGACCACAGAGGAUGAAAGAAUGCUGUUUGACAUCCAAAAGUUCUACAAUGUCAUGGUCGAGGAGCUGCCAGCAAACGUUGCCGAUCUCAUUUGAUGCAGUUCUAAUUCAGCCAGGUAGAAAUGGCUUUAGUUUUGUCUCUGUUUUAUUUCCUUCGUUUUUCUCUUGGUAGUUGAGUUGCCUUUUGGGUUGGGGGGAGUCGACCUUCGUACGGAUGAACUUGCCCCGGUAUGCUGCAUUCGGGUUUGGGCGUUGUUUGUGGCACUCUCUUACUGAGAGUAGAAAAGAAUACAAUGUUGCAAAUUUUGUCACAAAGUCUGUUUCUGUAUUACGAGUCCAAGCAAGGGGCAGGCAUUGCACAUCUGCCUGCUGUUACUUGUAUUAUUGAUUUGAACUUCUGUCUUGUGUUUGUCUGAAAGGAAUGUAAUUAUACAGAAAGAAUGAUGAGUAUUUAAUCAUGCAUUAUAAAUUGUGACUUGUUUCAGCCA